AUGAAGUACUCAUUGUUCGCCGCGUCCGUCCUCGCGUCACUGGGGAGUGCAUCCUCGGUUGGCCGAAGAGAAGUUGAGCAAAUUGAAGCGAACGCAGCAUCCAGUGCAGUCGAAGUUUACAAAAGAGCUACGAAUCAAGCGCCAAAUGGCUACGCACCAGGAGAGGUCGACUGCCCGUCGACUCGGCCCAGCAUUCGGAAGGCGGAUGCACUAUCAAAAAGUGAAUCAGAUUGGUUGAAUACAAGGCGACCUAAGACUGUGGAUCCCAUGCGCGAAUUGUUGACCAGAAUUAACAUCGAUGGUUUCGAUGCUGGAAAGUACAUCGACGACAAUCGCGACAACACUACGAAUCUGCCCAACAUUGGUAUUGCUUUCUCUGGAGGUGGUUACCGUGCUAUGUUAAACGGUGCUGGUGCACUUGCAGCAUUCGACAACCGGACCCCUAAUGCAACAAAUAGCGCAAGCCAGCUCGGUGGACUGCUGCAGGCAUCCACCUACAUUGCCGGCCUUUCGGGUGGUGGUUGGCUUGUAGGAAGUAUUUACAUGAACAACUUCACCUCUGUACAAAACAUCAUCGACCAAAACGAGGAUGGUGAUAUAUGGCAGUUAGGAAACUCAAUUUUGGAAGGUCCGAAAGAAGGAGGCAUUCAGAUAUUGAACAGCGCUCAAUACUACAGCAACCUUGUAGAUACAGUCACCGACAAGGCGGAUGCCGCUGGAGGCUUCGAUACUUCGCUCACUGACUACUGGGCUCGAGCUCUAUCGUUUCAGUUCGUCAAUGCCAGCGAUGGAGGUCCCGGAUACACGUGGUCAUCAAUUCAGGACGACCCUGACUUCAAGAAUGCGGACGCGCCAUUUCCCAUCCUCAUUGCGCUCGAGCGCGCCCCCGGACAAGCCGUGAUCUCGCUAAACUCCACGAACAUUGAGUUCAACCCCUUCGAGAUGGGCAGCUUCGAUCCGACUCUAUAUGGCUUUGCUCCCCUAAAGUACAUUGGUUCUAACUUCACCAAUGGUGAGGUUCCAGAAAAUCAAAAGUGUAUCCGGGGAUUUGACAAUGGUGGUUUCGUCAUGGGUACUAGCUCAUCGCUUUUUAAUCAAAUCAUCUUACAAUUCAACGAUGAUAGCGGAGCCCCGGACCUAAUCAAGAGCGCCUUGAAGAGCAUUCUAGGCUCACUCGGCGACAACGACAAUGAUAUUGCGGACUACACUCCCAACCCCUUCCAAGGCUACAAUAACCGUACCAACCCCAGCGCAGACACCAACAGACUUACACUCGUCGACGGCGGUGAGGAUCUGCAGAACAUCCCGCUGAACCCGCUCAUUCAGCCGCACCGCGAUGUAGACGUUAUUUUCGCUAUCGACUCAUCCGCCGAUACCGUCGACCCCACGGACUCCGCGCAGAACUGGCCCAACGGCACGUCUCUCGUCGCAACAUACGAGCGUACCAGCAACGCUAGCAUCCAGAACAGCACCGCCUUCCCCUACAUCCCCGAUCAAAACACCUUCGUCAAUCUCGGCCUAAAUAACCGCCCAACCUUCUUCGGUUGCGAUUCCGGAAACCUAACCGGCCGCGGCGUAUCCCCCCUCAUCGUAUACCUCCCCAACUCCCCCUACGUGUUCUUGUCCAACGUGUCCACCUUCGCAAAGCUCUCCUUCAACAACAGCGAGCGCGACGCCAUGAUUCAGAACGGAUAUGAUGUCGCUACCAUGGGCAACAACACCCGCUCAGGAUACGAAGACUGGACUACCUGCGUUGGCUGCGCAAUCAUCUCGCGGUCGCUGAACCGCACAAACACUGACGUGCCUCAAGCGUGCCAGCAGUGCUUCGACAAAUACUGUUGGAACGGCACGCGCGCGGAGAACACGCCUGCGCCGUACUGGCCUGACAUGGUCUUCCAGGAGGUUAAUGUGAAGAGCGGUGUUGGCAAGUUCCUGCCCAACGUUGUUGGUGUGGCUGUUGCGGCGGCGGUUUCGGGAUUGCUUAUGAUGUAA